GAAACCACACAGACACACCCACCCUUUUAGGCUUAACCAAAACAAAGAACCACACUCCCAAUCUGAACUUUCUCAAGAGAGAGAGAGAGAAAAAGUAAAAAUGGCGAAACCUUUGGGAUCAACGGGUGAGUUCUUCAGGAGAAGGGAUGAGUGGAGGAAGCACCCCACUCUCAGCAACCAGUUCCGCCACUCUGUUCCUGGCCUCGGUCUCGGUGUUGCCGCCUUCUGCGUUUACCUUGUUGGCGAAACCAUCUACAACAAAUUCUACUCUUCUCCACAUUCCUCUUCUUCUCACCAUUGAUUCCUAACAUCAAUUGGAUGGAAGCGUGGUAGAGGUGAAGCUGAAUUUUGUAUCCGUAAUCCUGAUUUGUGGUGUUCAAUAAGUUGUUGCCGGUGCAAUACUUGUGCCUUUUUCGACCCUUGUUUAACUACUUGCUGUUUGGGCGUUUAGUCUUUCUUUUUUCAGCAGCCAUGCUAGACUAUCUUGUUUACAAAUCCUUAUAUACUAUUAAUGUCUCCGUUUGAGGUCA